CGAGCCGAGCCGCCCCGCCAGCCCCGGGAGCGGCCCCCAGGCGAGCAGCCUCUCGGUGCCCCGCGCAGCGCGCACUGGCUCCGGGUCCCCAACAGCGCUGGCACGCACGGCCUCCCGGUCCUCCGCGCGGCGCUCACUCGCCCCUAACCCCCGCGAGGAGCGGCGGCGGCGGCGACGGCGGCGACCCAGCGCGCAGGCGCGGUCGGAUUCCCGGCAGUGACGCGGCGGCGGGUGCGCGCAGCGCAUUUCCGCCUCUGGCGAAUGGCUCUGCUGUAGCGCGCGCCGCGGGCCCAGCUGCGACCCCGGCCCCGCCCCCGGGACCCCGGCCAUGGACGACCUCUUCCCCCUCAUCUUCCCCACGGAGCCGGCCCAGGCCUCCGGCCCCUACGUGGAGAUCAUCGAGCAGCCCAAGCAGCGGGGCAUGCGCUUUCGCUACAAGUGCGAGGGCCGCUCAGCAGGCAGUAUCCCAGGCGAGAGGAGCACAGAUACCACCAAGACCCACCCCACCAUCAAGAUCAAUGGCUACACGGGGCCAGGGACAGUCCGCAUCUCCCUGGUGACCAAGGACCCCCCUCACCGGCCUCACCCCCAUGAGCUUGUGGGGAAAGACUGCCGGGAUGGCUUCUAUGAGGCUGAGCUCUGCCCGGACCGCUGCAUCCACAGCUUCCAGAACCUGGGGAUCCAGUGUGUAAAGAAGCGGGACCUGGAGCAGGCCAUCAGUCAGCGCAUCCAGACCAACAACAACCCCUUCCAAGUUCCCAUAGAAGAGCAGCGUGGGGACUACGACCUGAAUGCCGUCCGGCUCUGCUUCCAGGUGACAGUGCGGGACCCGGCAGGCAGGCCCCUACGCCUGUCGCCUGUCCUCUCUCAUCCCAUCUUUGACAACCGCGCCCCCAACACUGCCGAGCUCAAGAUCUGCCGAGUGAAUCGGAACUCUGGGAGCUGCCUUGGGGGGGAUGAGAUCUUCCUGCUGUGUGACAAGGUGCAGAAAGAGGAUAUCGAGGUGUAUUUCACGGGACCAGGCUGGGAGGCCCGAGGCUCUUUUUCACAAGCUGAUGUGCACCGGCAAGUGGCCAUUGUGUUCCGGACGCCCCCCUACGCGGACCCCGGCCUGCAGGCCCCCGUGCGCGUCUCCAUGCAGCUGCGGCGGCCUUCCGAUCGGGAGCUCAGCGAGCCCAUGGAAUUCCAGUACUUGCCAGACACAGAUGAUCGUCACCGGAUUGAGGAGAAACGCAAAAGGACAUAUGAGACCUUUAAGAGCAUCAUGAAAAAGAGUCCUUUCAAUGGACCCACCGACCACCGGCCUCCGACCCGGCGCAUCGCUGUGCCUUCCCGCAGCUCAGCUUCCGUCCCCAAGCCGGCUCCCCAGCCCUAUCCCUUUACACCAUCUCUCAGCACCAUCAACUUUGAGGAGUUCUCCCCCAUGGUCUUUCCUUCUGGGCAGAUCCCAAGCCAGACCUCGGCCUUGGCACCGGCCCCUGCCCCAGCCCUGGCCCAGGCCCCAGCCCCUGCCCCAGCCAUGGCAUCAGCCCUGGCCCAGGCCCCAGCCCCUGGCCCAGUCCUAGCCCCAGGCCUUGCUCAGGCUGUGACCCAACCUGCCCCCAAGACCAACCCAGCUGGGGAAGGGACACUGACAGAGGCCCUGCUGCAGCUGCAGUUUGAUGCUGAUGAAGACCUGGGGGCCCUGCUCGGCAAUAACACAGAUCCAGCCGUGUUCACAGACCUGGCAUCCGUCGACAACUCUGAGUUUCAGCAGCUGCUGAACCAGGGUGUACCCAUGGCCCCCCAUACAGCUGAGCCCAUGCUGAUGGAGUACCCUGAGGCUAUAACUCGUCUGGUGACAGGGUCCCAGAGGCCCCCUGACCCAGCUCCCACUCCCCUGGGAGCCUCUGGCCUCACCAACGGCCUCCUCUCAGGGGAUGAAGACUUCUCCUCCAUUGCGGACAUGGACUUCUCAGCCCUUCUGAGUCAGAUCAGCUCCUAAAGGGCAGGGACCUGCCCUGCCCAGAGCACUGGGUUGCAAGGGAUGGAAGCCCUCCCAAAGCAAGCACUUACGGAUUCUGGGGUGGGGUGGGGGGGGGGGCUGUUGUCCAGCUGCCCCCUACUUUUUUGGGUGAUGUCUUCCUGGGGAGGGGGGGUGCAUUUUAUUCUUCUAUUGGCAGUAUCUAUCUCUCUCUCUCUUUUUGGAGGUGCUUAAGCAGAAGCAUUAACUUCUCUGGAAAGGGGAGAGCUGGGAAAACUCAAACUCUUCCUUCCCUUAUCCUGAUACUCAGCUCCAGUCUCUAUAGGGAAUUCUGGGGUCCCUCAACCCCACCCUCCAGCUUCUAGUACCCUCCUAGAGAGAGGGACAGGCGGGAGCUAUGGCCUUUGAGGCCACAAAGCCUUAUUACCAAGUGUCUUCCUCAAAUCGUGGGUUCAUUUACACCUUGAGCCAAAAUAAUGCCCCUGUUACCAGCCACUGUGUGGUGCUGGCAUUCUUUGUGCCUAACCACCAGCAUUUGAGGGGCUGGCCCUCCUACCCUGCAGAGGGCUCUGCCAGCUCUUUCCUUGCUGGGUUGUGGUUGAAGGGAACUGGUGGGAUAGCACUGGCCCUCUCCAGGAUCCAGGGAGGUUCUCUCUGAGACUGCUCUGUUCCCCCUUUUCUCAAGUGCCUUAGUAGUAGGGCGAGUUGUUUGGAGGGUCAUGGGGAGAGCAGGCUGGCUGCUCUCCAGUCAAAAGGCUCAGUUUUUAGUGAAGAAUCAAAGCAUUUAGACUAUUGCUUUUUCUACUCUGAACUAAUAAAUUCGUUGCCAAGCUGGC